UUCCUGUUCCCGGGAUCCGGGCCCUGAGCUCUGGGCGCCGGGGCGCCCAAGGCUUCUUGGAGUACUAAGCCAGGUCAGUCAUCACUGGAGGGUUAUUACUGACAUUCACUCAUUGUAACAGCACGUUAUGUUAGUCUACCAAUCAGUAUGGUUCCUGCUCUGCAGUUUACAGCUUUCACUACUUGACAUGUUAUCUGUCAGGAACAUGGAUGCAGAAAUAUAGCCAUAUUUUAAGUAGAAGAUUCUUGGCUCUGUGAUAAGGAAGACUGUUUCAGUGAAAGCUAUAUGUUUGUGCUAUUCUGCAGAAGAAACGAAGACAUAUACACAAAACAACCCAAUGCUGUUUUCUUAGGGUACAUCCUUUGUUUUUCUGGUUUUGGUCUUUUCAUCAUAGGAUGGCAUUAGCUCUGUGUCUGCAGGUGCUGUGCAGCCUGUGUGGCUGGCUCUCGCUCUACAUUUCUUUCUGCCACCUGAAUAAGCACCGAAGCUAUGAGUGGAGCUGCCGGCUGGUUACAUUCACCCAUGGAGUCCUCUCUAUAGGCCUCUCGGCUUAUAUUGGCUUCAUUGAUGGCCCUUGGCCUUUUACCCACCCAGGCUCACCCAAUACACCUCUCCAAGUGCACGUUCUGUGUCUCACCUUGGGCUACUUCAUCUUUGACCUGGGCUGGUGCAUCUACUUCCAGUCUGAGGGUGCCCUGAUGCUGGCUCACCACACACUGAGUAUCUUGGGCAUCAUCAUGGCCCUCAUGCUUGGAGAGUCCGGCACAGAGGUCAAUGCAGUCCUCUUUGGAAGUGAGAUUACCAAUCCCUUGCUGCAGAUGCGCUGGUUUCUCCGUGAAAUAGGGCACUACCACAGUUUCACUGGAGAUGUGGUGGACUUCCUCUUUGUGGCUCUGUUCACUGGAGUGCGGAUUGGUGUAGGAGCUCGCCUCCUUUUCUGUGAAAUGGUCUCACCCAAACCCAAGUGGUUCGUGAAGGUUGGGGGAGUAGCUAUGUAUGCUGUGUCUUGGUGUUUCAUGUUUAGCAUCUGGCGCUUUGCAUGGCGAAAAAGCAUCAAGAAGUACCAUGCCUGGAGAAGCAGGCGGAGUGAGGAGCGACAGUUAAAACAUAAUGGACUUCUCAAGACUCAUUAGCCAAAGCUUGCUCCAGACAAUGGAUUGGGUUAAGUCAGCUCUGGGAACCAGGUUGAAAAUAUGGCUGUUAUGGAAUCAUGCUUAUAACAAACUUAGGUUAUAAAAAAGGGCUAAAUUUAUUCAUCAGUGUGGUCAGUCUUUGAACCAAGCCUAUACCAGUAUUAAAACACUAACUUCUAUAGUGGCACAGUUGUAGAAAGUGAGAAUAUUUAGUGGUGGUUGUGAGUCAGAACUAUAUGAGCAUUACUGUAUACAUUUUAGUCUGUGGUGACCCUGGGUCCUUUUACCCCUGAGAGGCUUGAUGUUUAGAUAACUUAGAAAGGAAGUUGAGAAGGAUUAGUGCCAUAUUUUCCUUGUUCCUUAGAGGAGUGACUCCAACAAAUGCUUACUCCUGCUUUCCAUGUAAUAUUUAAAUAAAUAAGUUCAUCCCAUUUGCUAUAAAGCUAGAGACUUUUAGGAAGAUACAUGCCUUUGGCAUUCUGAGCAUUGGAUCAGGGAAGCCAAACUUGCCCUCUGCUUAAAUAAAGGGGGCUAGAAGGAUGGGGUGAAACUGUGGCAGUGGUGGUGGGGUACUUACUGAACUCCCCCAUCCCAAUUGUGACAGAGGUCCUCAAAACCACCGCCAGGUUCAGUCAUUUGCUAGAAGGUCUCACAGGACUUAGCAUAUAGUUGUACUCAUGGCCGUGAUUUGUUACAGCAAAAGGUUACAAAGAAAA